ACACUUGUGCCCCGAUCUUCCGCGCGUCCCGGGCAAAUCAAGCCUAGGACACUCGGUGUGAGUGUGGCUGGCUGGGGGUGUCCCUGCGAGCCGUGGUUCCGAGCCAGCCGGGCUCUGGGCCGGACUGCUCAGCUGCGCCCUGGGCGCACGGGUGGCCGUGGCCGAGCGGGGCGCGGGGGGUGACGUUCCGCGCGACGAUGCGGAAGCCCGACGGGAAGAUCGUGCUGCUGGGGGACAUGAACGUGGGCAAGACGUCGCUGCUGCAGCGCUACAUGGAGCGGCGCUUCCCCGACACGGUCAGCACGGUGGGCGGCGCCUUCUACCUGAAGCCCUGGCGCUCCUUCAACCUGUCCAUCUGGGACACGGCAGGGCGUGAGCAGUUCCAUGGCCUGGGCUCCAUGUACUGCCGCGGGGCUGCUGCCGUCAUCCUCACCUACGACGUGAACCACCUGCAGAGUCUGCGGGAGCUGGAGGACAGGUUUUUGGGCCUGACGGACACAGCCAACAAAGACUGCCUGUUUGCCAUUGUGGGGAACAAAGUGGACCUCAGUGAGGAGCACGCCGCACAGAGCGGGGAGGCCUGCAGCUCUGUGUCCCCCAGGGCCCCCAAGCAGGUGCGCCCCGAGGAUGCCAUGGCGCUGUACAAGAAGAUCCUGAGGUACAAGAUGCUGGACGAGAGGGACGCGCCGGCCGCUGAGCAGAUGUGCUUCGAGACCAGUGCCAAAACCGGGUACAACGUGGAUGUCCUGUUCGAGUCUUUAUUUGACAUGGUCGUGCCCAUGAUCGCCCAGCAGAAGGCCGAGGGGCCCCCGCAGACUGUGGACAUCUCCAGCUGCAAGCCACCCAAACGGACCACAUCUGGGUGCUGUACCUGAUGGCGGGAGGUCUCCGUCUCCCUGAGCUCGCUCGGCACGCGUGGGAGCCAGCUGGGGCGAUUUUCUAGCACAAUGUAGACUGCAGUGGGUGGAAGCAACCGCCAGUGCCAAGUGCAAACUGGUGUGCACGCACUCCUCCGUGUCAGCAGGUGGGGUGUGAAUCCCUGCAGACACCCUGAGCACACACCCUGCCUCACCCGCUGCCCUCAGCUUCCUUGCCACGGAAGUGGCCCUUUGUUUUGCACGGUGGGACGCAUGCUCUGUGGACUUGCCUGAGACUGGCCUUGACCCCCACACUGCUGCUGUCCCCAGACGUCUCUUUACACUGUGACUUCUCUGUGGUCCUCCCAUUUAAUGGUAUAUACUUCAAUAUGUUUUCAAGAUGCUCUUCUGCAUUUAAUUUAUACAGAAUCAGAAAUGCCUUUUGAUAUCCGUUGAAGAAGUGUGGGCUACAUGUGUCAUUAAAAAGGAUUUUUAGAAAA